AUGGCAUUUGCCCACAACGCCUUCUCCACAUCGCAGCCCAUGGCCCAACAUCGCGCUCCAGCACCCAUUGCUGUCUCCAAUGCUCCGCCCGGCACAUUCGCACCCGGCACCAAGGUCCAGGUCGGGGGCCACCGCGUCACGAUAGAGAGAUACCUCUCCGAAGGCGGCUUUGCACACGUAUAUCUCGUCAGAGUGCCGAGGGCAGAUGGCCGCAACUCGGACGUCGCAGUGCUCAAGAGAGUCGCUGCGCCGGACAAGGAUGCACUAGGAAACAUGCGGACUGAGGUGGAGACGAUGAAGAAGCUCAAAGGACAUCACAAGAUUGUGACCUACAUGGACUCGCAUGCUUCGCAACUCAAGGGCGGGGGAUACGAGGUGUUCCUACUCAUGGAAUACUGCUCAGGAGGAGGAUUAAUCGACUUCAUGAACACACGGCUGCAGCACCGGCUGACAGAGCCCGAGAUUCUGCACAUCUUCUCCGAUGUGGCCGAAGGCGUUGCGACAAUGCACUAUCUCAAGCCACCGCUGCUCCACCGCGAUCUCAAGGUCGAAAACGUUCUGAUUACCACCGUCUCAGGCAACAAAAUCUACAAGCUUUGCGAUUUCGGGUCUACUGCGCCUCCGAGACCUGCCGCAACAACUGCCGCCGAGGGACGGCUUAUCGAAGACGAUGUGCAGCGGCAUACGACGCUGCAGUACCGCAGCCCCGAAAUGAUCGACGUGUACCGGAAGCAGCCGAUUGACGAGAAGAGCGACAUCUGGGCGCUAGGCGUGUUGUUAUACAAGCUGUGCUACUACACAACACCGUUUGAGGAGGUGGGGCAGAUGGCCAUCCUGAAUGCGACAUUCAAGUACCCAUCAUACCCGCAGUUCUCGGACCGCAUAAAGAAGCUCAUAGGAUGGAUGCUGCGCGAGAGCCCACAGCAUCGCCCCAACAUCUAUCAGGUCGUGUCCGAGGUGUGCUCGAUGAGACACCGAGCAGUGCCCAUCAAAGACCUUCCACCCACUGAGCCAGAUGUCGCUUCACCUCCCACGAUAGGCCUACAAAAGGUUGCGCCUGUCAAGCAGGUCCAGCAGAUACCUGACAUAACACCAAUGCGGCGGGGUAGACCAACUGGGCCAGCUCAGCAGCCCCCGGCUGCGAAGCCCAGUGCUUCUCCUAUGCGAGGCACCGCUUCUGACCCAUUUGCGGCUCUUGACUCGCAGGACGUCCAAGUACGGCGUGCUGCAGCUGACGAACUCGCGUCACGCUUCCCCUCGCUUGAUGAGUUCUCACUACUACAUGAUCGCGGUCAGAAGUUUGAGUUUGGGCAGGCACCUACGCCUACCGAGCCGGCCUUGAACAAUCGCGUUGUGCAGGCACUAGCAGAUGAUGCUUUUGCCUCAGUCUCCACGACAAACGCAGACCGCGCGCCGUCGCCUACAAAGCCGCGAUCAAAUGUGCCAUCCACUGUUGUUUCUAGAACCGCAUCUAUCAAGAAACCGAAGCCUUCUGAGGUGAAGGACAGUCCCCGGUCGUCCGCCCCAGCCAUCGCACAGCCAGUAGCUCAACGCGUAGGCAUGGUCUCCACAGGCGUGCAAACAUCGCCUCGCGCCUCUCCUGUUCCGACACAGCAAAAGUUACCCGACAUCAACAACCGGCCACGUCCUUCCGCAAUGGAUCUUGGCUCCUCACUGGACCGAUCGAAGUCAGCCAAUUCCAACGCUCGACCAGCAAGUAUGUAUGUUGAGAGCAACCUUGAUUAUCUCCGCGACCGCGAGAUGGCGCCAGGCCGCAAAUUUGAUGCGCCUUCAUUGCAGCGUCGCAUUACCUCAAGCGCAAUCGACGAUUCACCUGAAGAAGAGAAGAAUGUCCGAUCGAGUAUCGACUUCCUUCGAGCUAUCGAGAGGGAAGAUCAUCCUGAAAACAAGCACAAGCACCGCAGAAGCAGUUCGCAAUCCAAGCAUGUGAAGCGCGGCAGCUUGUCAUCGCUAGCAGGCAACACCAAAAAUAUUGUCAAAGGCCGAUUCGGCGACGCAUUCAGACGCUUCGAGUCCAACAAGACGCCCGAGCACGAGCGCGACCAGCCGCCCCUGACCCCAACUGACCAGCUCAUCGACCCCAAGACAGGCAACGCCGCCCUCACCCCCAUCGCUGGCUCCGAAGCCACCGGCGGCCUCAGCGACGACGACCGCAGCGCCAUCGACGAAACCCUCGACCUCCCCCCCGAAGUCCGCCGCGACCUCGAACGCCGCCGCCUUAGCGAAGAAGAGCGCCGCGUCUCCGCCGCCGCCGCCGAGUACCGCCAACGCAUCUCCUCCCAGGGCUCCGGCAAGCCCAAAGUCCCCACCAAAGCCGCCUACAUCCAAAACCGCGUCAAGAACCUCCUCGACGAAAGCUCCAAGCCCACACAGGUUAAUCGCACCGCGGAGGGAUAUGGCAAGUACACAGACACGAGUGGAUCUCACGUACGCCAAACCAUCCUCCGUGAGGCCCAAUAUGCCUCCACCCGUACCAUCUGCUUCAGCCCCGCCAGCAAUGAAUCUGCGCGCACCAUCCGGCCCUGCGCCGCGCGCGCCCCCGAAACCGAAGAAUCUGCAGACUGGGGGUUCGGGCAGUCCGACGAAGACGAGGCCGCCAGGUGA